GUGUACUCUGUCUAGCUUCACGCUAUCUCGAGCUGCUGGAAGGACAGGGGAGAAAUGGCUGAUACCAUAGCUGACACAAGAAGGCUCUUCUCCAAGCCUCAGAACCUAAAUGACGCGUAUGGACCCCCGAGUAACUUCCUAGAGAUCGACGUGAUCAAGCCCGAGACCAUCGGGGUGGGCAGGGGCAAACACACCACGUAUGAAGUGAAACUGAAGACCAACCUACCCAUCUUUAAGCUGAAGGAGUCUCUUGUCCGGAGGCGAUACAGUGACUUCGAGUGGCUCAGAGCGGAGCUGGAGAGAGAGAGCAAGGUGGUCGUCCCUCCUCUCCCGGGAAAAGCUCUUUUCCGGCAGUUCCCGUUUCGAGGGGAUAAUGGGAUAUUUGAUGACCUCUUCAUUGAGGAGCGAAGACAGGGUUUGGAGCAGUUUCUCAACAAAGUGGCCGGUCACCCUUUAGCCCAGAACGAACGAUGCCUGCACAUGUUUCUACAGGACGAGACUUUGGACAAGACCUACACCCCAUCCAAAAUCAGACAAGCCUGAAAAGAAAAGAAAAAACAAACAGAUGGCUCAGCUUGGCCUGGUCCGGCUCGACCCCGCUCGGCUCCGCCUGGCCCGACAACCCAAAGCUCUCUUCACUGCUCCAGGUUUCUCUCAGACAAUAAACAUUUCAAAGACAACUUUCCCUCCUCACGUCCCCCAAAAUAAUAUCGUUCACUGCCUCUUUUAGUCAAAUUAGUGACCCUGCUUGGUGUUUGUUUUCACUUUCUAAUUGGAGUCAAGAAUGUUCUACACAAUUACUGUGGUUCAAAGUAAUUUAUAGUAAUUUCUCUAUGUCUGGAAAUGCCACUCACAUGGAUAUAUUAUGUAUUUAUCAUUUAGCUAUGUCUUGAAUAUAUUCAUUUAUAUAGUAACAUUUGAAUAAGACUUCUAUGUAUGCAAUGCUCCUGUAAAGACCCACAUUUCCCAUCUUAUAUAUCCGAUACACCAUAACUAGCAACUAAACACACACAUAUAUGUGAUGGGCCUUGACACUUAGUUGAUCCAACCUUCAAAAGGAAGCACGUGUAUGUGUGUGUUUGUGUGUGUGUAUCAACCAGCACCUGCCCAGUUAUCACAAGGAUUUUCUAGCAGGAAAAAUAUAAUUUACAGAGAGGGAACUGCAGUAUUUCUACGGGCUACAUGCAUUUUGAGAUUUGUAUACUGCUGUGCCAUUUUUCUUUAUUUUGAAGAUUUUCCAAUAAAACAGGUGAAAUAUCUCAGAAAGUACAUUUGUUGAUUCGGACUGUUGACCCGUUUACCGCGCCACAUUGGAUUGUCAAGUUGUUGCAGCCAUUAUAACCGAUAUUUUAACCUUUGCUUUUUACGUCUUAUUUUUCAAAUAAACACAUCAUAUAAGCUUUCCUUUACAACAAGAUUUCAGACCCAUGACUAGAAUUUAUUAAAACUGCCUUGAGUUUUGAUUUUGAAAUAGUUUGAAGUUUGUAAAGGGAAUCAACAACACUAUUAAUCGAGUUAAGUCAUGUUUGAUGUAUGAUUAACGCCUAUGAAAUCCUCUUUUUUUGCAUGUCUUUGGUGCUUCUGUUUGCUUAAACAUGUCGGCCCAUUAUAAUAUAUAUUUUUAAAUACA